UAGGAUUAUUAGGGCCAGUGUGACCGAAUCCAAAAGGUUGCGUUAUAGGGAAGCAGUGGGAUGGGAAUUGGAUAUUGUUGGGGCGUAUUGAAAAAAAAAAGAGGGUGAUGUGAUAAAUGCGGGUAGGUUUGGGCCUCUGAUUUGGCAUAUUUUGAAUGUUAUUAUUGAUAUGGUGCACCUCGUCUGCUGAUAGCCUGAUAGAGAGAGAGAGGCCAGGCCCAGGUUAUGUUACCGAAAAAACAUGGUGCGGAGACCACAGUUGUAGUGGUGAUAGAGAGAGAUGACGAUUGACGCUGUUUGCUUUUAGUUUUCGUGGUGGUGGCGGUGGUAGUGGCAGUGGUAGUAGUGGUUCUGCUUCUUCGUUCAGUCAAUUCGAUCAAGCAAUCAAUCGGCUGAAGCUGGGAGAGAUGGGGGAUAGUGCGACGUUAGAGCAAUCGGCUGGGAAUAUCGACGAACAGGUAAGUGGAGUGGUGGAGCAGGCCAAGGAAUUGCAGGAUGCUGCUUCCUCUCACAUCUCCAGAACCUCCGUCGAAGAACAAGCUCUCCGCAAGAGUGCUCUUUCCCUUGAUUCCAACAUCCACAGACUCCGUUCCUUGAUUGAUUCUCUUCACCGAAAUAAAAUUUUGGAUCCCAAGUUGGCCGACAAGCUAGACGAAGAUUUACAGAGAGCCAGAUGUAUCCUGGUUGAUGGGGAUGCGUCUUCUUUUCUUCCUGGCAAUGCGCAGGGUGGGUUUCUGAGAAUGUUUCUGGGUCCUAUAAAUGUGCAUGCCACUAGGAAGGACGUUCAGUUGAAAGUUAAAGAGGAGUACAACAGUUACAGAGAUAGAACUGCCUUGCUGUUUCUUCUUUUUCCAUCAACACUACUUAUUCUAAGAUCUUGGAUAUGGGAUGGUUGCUUGCCAACGUUUCCAGUUCAGCUGUACCAGGCAUGGCUGUUGUUCCUUUACACAGGUUUAGCUUUGCGAGAGAACAUCUUAAGAGUGAAUGGAAGUGAUAUUCGUCCAUGGUGGAUAUACCAUCACUAUUGUGCUAUGAUUAUGGCUCUCGUUAGUCUCACAUGGGAAAUCAAGGGACAACCUAACUGCGCACAAAAGCAGAGAGGGGUACAACUUUUCCUACAAUGGGCUAUGAUGCAAGGAGUUGCUAUGCUACUACAAAAUAGAUAUCAACGCCAGAGACUUUAUACUCGUAUUGCAUUGGGAAAGGCAAAGAGAAUGGAUGUUGUUUGGGGAGAAACGGCUGGGGUAGAUGGUCAAUUAUGGCUGUUGUGUCCCAUACUUUUCAUUUUACAGGGUUUUGAAGCAUAUGUGGGUCUACUGCUGCUUAAGACUGCAUUCGUCGGGGUUGUUUCUGAAUGGCAGGUGGUAUUUUGCGGGGUCCUUUUGGUUCUAAUGGCAGUUGGGAACUUUGCAAACACAGUACAAACACUCAUGGUCAAGUCUAGGUUCAAAGCAAAAAUGAAAAGAAGUAAGAGCAAGCAGGAAUUGAAUUAGGCUGCCCGCAAUAGUAACUGUUAAUCUUUCUACAGCCUCACAGGAUGUCAAUUUUGGAAUGGCUUCAUUUUUCUUUUUUCCUUUUUGGGUCUCUUGCAGUCGGCUUGGUUGAAGCCCAAGGAAACGGAAACUUUCUUGUUAAACUGUUCAUUUAAACAUACAAUGAUAUGAACGCGCCAGUAUUCCCUUCUUCCAA